AAGGAGGUAAAGGUGGCCAAAGAGGACCAAAACGAGAACACGGUUUACAAACUACAGGACCUGUUCUUCGACGAAGUGAUGUUCGAGUACUGCAAACACCCGAAUGUCUUGCCAUACGUGGAGGCCUUCUGCGGACCCAAUCUGAUGGCCAUUCACACGAUGCUAAUCAACAAACCGCCCGAUUCUGGCACCAAAUCCUCGCGGCAUCCGCUCCAUCAGGACUUGCAUUACUUCCCCAUCAGACCCGUCGACCGUAUAGUCGGCGCGUGGACUGCGAUGGAGACCAUCAAUAGGGCUAAUGGCUGUCUGGUAGCCAUUCCCGGAACACAUAAGGGCGAGCACUUGGCGCACGACUACCCGGAAUGGGAGGGAGGCGUGAAUAAGAUGUAUUACGGGGUGAAAGAGAUGUCCGGACAGGAGAAUCGGGUGCAUAUCGAGAUGGAGGCCGGGGAUUGCAUACUAUUCCACCCGUUGCUGAUACACGGCUCCGGCACUAACAACACGAAGGGCUUCCGGAAAGCCAUAUCGUGUCACUACGCGGCCGCUGACUGUCAUUACAUCGACGUGAAGGGCACUAUUCAGGAGAACUUAGCCAAUGAGGUGCUCGAAGUGGCCACCAAGAAGUUUAAGCAACCGUUCACUGACUAUGCCUUUGUUAAGUUGUCUGCCAAUCAGCCACCGCCUGAUCUCCUGAGUGCCGGCGCCUAUCUCACAGGGUUUGGCGUCUCGGAGUAG